GAAGGUUAACACCGCCCAUACUCGGUUUCCUGGACCUCACAUCAAGGAAUGGCCGUCCCAUAACCUUUGUGCAGUAAGCUGUCUCCGCGGUGCAUCAUACACAAUUGUGAAAUGUACGUAGAAAAGUCUGUAAGGAUCCUCUAACUGUUCUAACUCUGGCGACGACGACGCGCCACCAACAACGUCGCUUGAAGAACGGGAGCUGUUUCGUUGGCAGUACCAAAAUCCGGAUUUUAAUCGUUGUUCAGUCGUUUUAGAUCUGACAGCACAGAGUGACAGCAAGAGAUGUCCAGGUGGUACCUUGUUCUGGGACUCACGGUGGCGCUUUUUGAUGAAGGGGCAGCAGCAAAUUGUACGGAGAACUGUGCAUUGUGCUACAAUAGUUGUUUUGUUUGCAAGCAAGGCUAUUACGAGACUGAUGGAGAGUGUGAAAAAUGUAAUCCGAAUUGCAAGAGAUGUUAUCGCACGGGCCUGUGUUAUUUCGAGUGUAAAGAUGGUUGGUAUGGCCAAUACUGUUCACACGCAUGUUCGUGUAGUUAUGGCACCUGUGACAAGUACAGUGGAGUUUGUCCUCAUCAAACAGAUCCACCAGUUUCGAGUUCACACGAUCAUGACGACUACGAUGCUGAUGGCUUUGUUGGAAAAAUACUUGGUAUCCUCGCCUUACCUAUCGGAAUGGUGGUUAUAUGUUGUUGUUGUAUCAAAAGGAAAAGAAACCCAGAUGAGGAGCAGAUGGCAGAUGAUGUCACGGACAUAAUUCCUCCAUCUCAGAAUUUAGUACAAGGACAAACUCCGGUUACAAUGAGGUCAACCAAUUUAACCUAUCCGAAUUUUUUUGCGGGCAAUAGCGUAAUGGGCCCUCCACAACGAACGGUCUUUGCAUCUUCACCUUGCGCCACAUAUAGUGGUCAACAAACGGACCUUGCACCGCCAUCUUGCACCACGUAUAGUGGUCAACAGACAGACUUUGCACCACCACUUUGCCCUACAUAUAGCGGACAACAAACGGAUAUUGGAUUACCACCUUCCUACACACCAAGGACAAACAUGCCACAGCCUCCUUCAUAUGCAUCUCUUUUCGAUUCAAAGAAAGAACACACCCAGGCACCAUUUACAUGAGUAAUGCACGACGGUUAGCUCACUUUCACUAAACAAAUGUAUUUUGUAGCAUCCAACUAUCUGGAUGACUACCAUUGACUGUGUAUGUGUACAGAUGUCACACAGCCAUGUAGUCACACAGAGAGAUAAGCAUUCACUUAUUAAUAAAUAUUUCGUGUGGA